AUGCGAUCACGCGGAGGAGAAUACAACAAAAUUGGUAAACCUAGCUAUUUGCGCGAAUUAUUUCAAGAAGACCUUACUGUAAGACGCUCUGAGAGACUAGCAGCCAAGAAAAAUAAUAUCCUCUUUAAAUUCCCAAAUUUCAGUACCACUCAUUAUGAAUCUUUUUUCGUAAUUACAGUUAUAGGAUUAUGGGAAGAACUACCAGAGGAUAUUAUAAAUUCAUCAAGCUUGGAGUUUCCUACCUGUCUUUCUAGUGACAUCAAAGAUUCUUAA